UGUUCGUAUCCGUGGUUUUUUUUUCUAUUGUUUUUGUUUUGAUUUUUCGAAAUUUUGUCGAAACCUAAAUCCUACAAAUUACAAUCUUUAGACAAAUCUUUUUUAUUUUGCGCUGUGAUUUUUUUAAUGCUCCUUAAAUAAUAGUGGAUAAAAUAUUUUGAAGAUGCGUGUAUUUCUAGCUGAAGAUAAUCUUUGUGCUCAAAAUCUACUCAAACUUGUUUCUCAUGGAAAUGCUAUAUUGGCUGAAAUAUUAAGGCUGAAGGAUCAUAUGCCCAAAGUGUUUUUAUUAGAUAGUAAAGAAGUACAACAAAAUUAUCAAGAUGUCAUUAUGGACUUCAGUUAUUUUAAAAUAUCAGAAGUUCAAGAAAAGAAGAUAAGCAUGAAUAAUAAACUUCAAGAUCUGGAUGAUGAUUUAAAAGAAAAAUAUCUUGAAUUGAUAACUCGGUUUUACUUACUUUUUGAAAAUAUUUAUCAAUAUAUUGUAGAUCUCAAUGCAUUUGUAGAGCAAUUACAUGAAGGAGCUUUCAUACAACAAACAAUUGAAACAGUCAUGAAAGAUAUUGAGGGCAAACAACUUUUGUGUGAAUCCCUUUAUUUAUAUGGUGCUAUGCUUAUACUUUGUGAUCUGUAUGUGCCUGGAUGUGUUAGGGAAAGGUUGUUAGUUGCGUUCUAUCGCUACAGCACAAGUCAAUCUCAAUCAAAUGUUGAUGAUGUUUGCAAGCUUCUAAGGGACACAAAUUAUAAUCAGCAACAGGGAAAAAAACCUUCCGAUUAUCCAGUAGAAUAUUUUAGUCGUGUUCCAAUCCAUCCAGAUUUCAUGGAGAAGGUUGUAGGAAAGUUAAGAUCAGAAGAUAUAUACAAUCAGCUAUCUGUUUACACUAUACCUGAACACCAGGCAUCUGCACUUGCCUCACAAGCCAGUAUGCUAGUAGUAUGUUUAUUUUUUACGCCCCACUAUUUGCAUAGUGAUACCACAAAAAUGAGAGAGAUUGUAGAUAAGUUUUUUCCAUGUAACUGGAUUAUACCAAUUUAUAUGGGUGUUACCAUGAAUUUGGUUGAUUACUGGGAAAACUUUAAAGCAGCAAAAAAUUCACUGAACAAUACAUGUAAUGCAAAAAUGGUCAAGGAAAUUUAUGCAAAACGCGGCAAUUCUGUACAAUUGCUUAUUAAUAAAACUCAGCUAUUGUUAAAGGAAGGCACACUUACUGAUGAGUUUGUCUUAGACAAUAUAAGCAAAAUAUUAAAUGUGAUUUUAAAUUCAAAUCACGUUUUACGCUGGUUAUUGUUGCACAACAGUGAUGUAAUAUUUUUUGAUAAUAAUAAAAAGAGUAAACAACUCAAAGAUUUAGUUAUGAAAGAAUCCAAUUAUGAUCCGCUUAAACUUCUUGAGCUCCUGAUUAGUACAGCAGAGUUAGAGUUGAAAGUGAGAGAGUUUUUAAGGAGAUUGCUUGAUUCUAGAAGUGAGACUUGGAAAAAAAAUAAGGAGCUUGCUCUGGAGGCAAUAAAUAACUUGUCGGAAUUAUUUUCGGGAUCAAAUCCUUACACAAAAGUAGUAGAAAAUGAGCAAUUGAAGCUUUGGUUUGGUAACAUUGCAAAACAGCUUUCAUCUCUCAAUGAACCUAUUACUGCAAAAACUGUAAAAAAAAUUACACAACUUCUACAAGUGUUGGAUAAUGUUGAAGAAUUUCACAGCAUAAAAAGUACUUCCACUGUAGUCCAGUUUCUUUGCGACAGUAAGGAUGCCUUGAAAAAUGUUCUGAGAGCUGCCUCUUUGAAAGAAGAUUCUCUAGUUACCUUGGAAACGGUAGCAGAUUUUAGUUACGCUUGGUGCACAAUAGACUUAUAUACAACAUACAUGCAAGACAGUAUUAAGGAAAACCCAGCUGUCACAAGUAGACUUCGAGCACUUUUUCUGAAGUUAGCAAGUGCUAUGGAAAUACCGUUACUAAGAAUAAACCAAGCCCAAAGUGAUGAUCUGGUUUCGGUUUCACAAUAUUAUAGCAGUGAACUGAUCAAAUAUAUUCAAAAGGUUUUGCAAAUUAUACCAGAAAUGGUUUUUAAUAUCGUCGAAAAGAUAAUAGACCUUCAAACUUGGACAAUCAAAGAAGUACCAACGAGAAUAGAGAAAGAGAAAUUAAGAGAAUAUGCCCAGAUGGAUCAUAGGAUGGAAGUUGCUAAGCUUACUCACUCAGCUUCAACAUUCACAACAGGAAUUUUGGAUAUGAGAUCAACAUUAGUUGGAGUUAUAAGAGUAGAUCCAGCAGAGUUGUUGGAAGAAGGUUUACUAAGAGAAUUAGAUGGACAUAUAAGCAAGAAGUUCUUUGAAUUUAUUGAACCACAAGUGAAGAAAGCAAACAAUUUGUUGCCACGAUUGCAAAAAUUAGCGGAAAGCAUGGAAGGAUAUAAAAGAUCCUUGGAAUAUAUUCAAGACUACAUAAAUAUUCAUGGCCUAAGAAUUUGGCAAAAACAGGUGUCUGCAAUCAUUAAUCAAAGUGUUGCAAAGGAAAUCAGUAUUCGAAAGGGUGUGAGUGUGUACGGACCAUCUGCGAGUUUCAUGGGAAGUCUUGCUCGUCAGAUCGUCCAAAUAACGGAUGCACGAAUGUGCAUUUACAUUAAUAUAUCGGCAGCCUGGUUUGACGCUAAAAACCACACCGAGGUAAUUAACACGAAAACCUUCACAAAAUUAAAUGACGCGAUCGGAGUUCUCGGUCUACACGGCUUAGAUACUCUUUAUGGCUAUAUGGUAAAGAAUCAGUUGCAACAUAUUCAGAAUAUAUUCAGAACUUGUCCCGAUAAAAUAUCGAUUGGCAACAUUGAUGUGAAAGAUUUGGAGCAGGUGAUUACGAGAGGGCACAAGACGUAUCAGCAGUUGUCGGAUGUGAUAGUUGUUAUAGGCAGUCUACAAAUUCUGCGCAAGCACAUCGCUUAUCAGCUGAAUACAAGCUGUAAAUUUGACUCUGCACAUUUAGAAGCUUCUUUGCGUACCAUGAAUGAGUCUCUACUAAAUGAAAUAAAGAAAAGUAUUAAAAUGGAAACCAAAUUAGUUCCAUUAGAAGUACUACGCGGCCUGGAGGAAUAUUUGGUUCGCUGUGGAAUUAAUGAGCCCUUUGAAAAAAUAUAUGUCAAAAAUACUAAUGAAUUUGUUAACUCAGAUAUGGGACGCCUGAUGGCAAUUGUUUUAAUUGCUCAGCUACCUAGAUUACAAAUAUGCCUUACCACUGGAGAUUUAAUAACCAAGAAACCAGGAGAAAAUAUUGAUGGAUAUCCCCUUUUGAUCGGUAUUUAUACUUUACUACGCCAGUCAAAGACUGAAAGUAUUGAUACCUUCAUUAGCUUUCUUUGUAAAUAUGCUAAAACAGUAACUAUGAAUAAGUUAAAGUCUGUAGAAUCAACUAAUGAAGGCACAUUUAUAAUAAGAGUUUUACAGCUGUUCUGUGAAACAUUCAGUUAUUCUUUUUGUAAAAUAGAAGAUAAACUACCAUUGGUUUUGUUAACUCAAGUCCCUCAAAAAUAAAACAAUGUAAUGGGUAAAUAAAUAUAAUAUUAAAUAAAUUA